AGUAAUACCAUCGGAGCGAAGUUGGUUAUGAGGACGUGUUGCUUUAAAAGAAGAGGAGAAGAAAAGGUAGACAGAUCGAAAAGAGAGGGUUAAUCCAGGAGGGGGAUUUUUUAGCUCCUGAGGAAGCCUGACCGUCCCUACAUAGUUACCUGCAGACAGCAACACGGAUGCACCUUUAGGUUUUUAGACAUGUUUGGCAAGUUGAAAGGCCUCCUCAGUGGCCCACAGUUGCCAGCGGCUUCAGGGACCCCUGACCCACCGCCAGCUCCAGCUCCAGCUCCAGCACCAGCCAAGGAGGAGAAGCCAGCAGCCGAUAAGGAGAAUGAGGACAAGAAAGUGGACAAAGCGCCGGACCCGGCUCCAGCUCCAGCUCCAGCAGCGGCCCCGGCCCCAGCUCCAGCUCCAGCUCCAGCAGCGGCCCCGGCCCCAGCUCCAGCUCCGGCUCCGGCACCAGCCUCUGCUCCAGCACCAGCCCCCACAGCAGCUCCAGCUAACCCUGAUCAAGCCAAACCUGAGGGACAAGAGGAGGCACCUCCUCCACCUCCACCCAUCGUCAUCAACAAGUACUCUGACGAGCAGCUCAGAGCCAUCGUCACACGCAUGAGGGAGAGACUGCAGCUCUACAAGGACAAAGUGAUUGAUCCCCAUGCUUCAUCCCCAGAGAUCACCCCUCCUGUCACACCCCUGCUGCGCAAAGACAACUACGCAGAGGUCAUAGAGGAGAGGAAAAGACAAGCAGAGGAGGACCGGAUAAAAAAGGAGGAGGCUGAGAAGAAGAAGAAAGAGGAGCAGGAGAAGAAGAAGAAGGAGGCCGAGCAGAAGAAGAAAGAGGAGGAGGAGAAAAAGAAAGCAGAGGCUAAAGAAGAGAAGAAGGAGGAGAAGGACAUAAAGACCAAGCUAAGAGAAGCCGCCUGGUACGCAGUGGACACUGUGCUGAAGCCAGUCGAGGACAUGAUGGACCCAGUGCUGGGAAACACCAUGGACCCCUUUACAGACCGCCGCUACAUCGCCUGGCUGAGUUUGGUGACUCUGGCCUUCAACUACAACACCUGGUUCAUGACGGCCCGUCUGUGUUUCCCAUACCACACUGAGGACGCCAUCCCUUAUUGGUUCGCCCUGGAUGUGCUGGCAGACCUCAUCUACCUCGUAGACUCCGUCAUCUUCCAGUCACGCAAACAGUUCGUCAAAGGAGGAGACAUCAUAAAAGACAGAGUCAUGACGCGGAAGAACUACAGAGAGUCGGAAAGAUUCAUGACCGACAUGGUCUCCCUCAUCCCAUUCGACCUGCUGUACGUCCAGUUUGGAUUCAAAUCCAUUUUCAGAGCCAAUCGCCUCCUGAAGGCAGAUACGUUUUUUGAGUUCAGCGAUCGUCUAGAGAGCAUCAUGGCCAAGGCGUACAUCUGGAGAGUGAUUCGGACCAUCGGCUAUCUCCUCUUCAUGCUCCAUAUCAACGCCUGCGUCUAUUACGUGGCGUCAGACUACCAGGGCAUUGGGACAACUAAAUGGGUCUACUCUGGUCUGGGCAGCGCGUACCUGCGUUGUUACUACCAUGCUGUCCGCAGUCUGAUCAACAUCGGGGGUCUUAGCGAACCCCAUACCGUCUUUGAGAUUGGCUUUCAGAUGAGUAACUUUUUCGUGGGCGUCUUUGUGUUCUCCAGUUUGAUUGGACAGAUGAGAGAUGUCAUCGGUGCAGCCACAGCAGGACAGACCUACUUCCGAUCCUCCAUGGAUGGCUGUGUGGCCUACAUGGUGAACAACCGCAUCCCCUCUUUGGUUCAAAACCGAGUCCGCACUUGGUACACCUACACCUGGGACGCUCAGGGCAUGCUGGAUGAGUCCGAGCUGCUGGAUAAGAUGCCUCUGGUGAUGAGGACUGCCAUCGCUGUUGACAUCAACCUGGCCACCUUUCAGAAGAUUGAUCUUUUCAAGGGCUGUGACCAGCAGAUGUUAGUAGACAUGUUACUCAGGCUGAAGUCUAUUGUCUAUUUACCUGGAGACUUUGUCGUAAAAAAAGGGGACAUCGGUAAAGAGAUGUACAUCAUUAAAAGUGGAGCAGUGCAGGUGGUGGGAGGACCUGACAACAGUAUUGUGUUUGUCACACUGAAGGCUGGUUGUGUGUUUGGAGAAAUCAGUCUGUUGCAGUCGUCCAAAGAUGGAGGGAACAGGCGGACAGCUAAUGUCAAAGCCUACGGCUUUGCUAAUCUCUUUGUGCUGGAGAAGAAAGAUCUGUUUGACAUCCUGGUCCACUACCCAGAGUCUCAGAAAGUGUUGGCCAGGAAGGGAAGGUGA